AUGUCAUCGAAUUUCGAAACCGUCAGAGGUUCGGACUCGUCCUCGAAAGACGUGUUUUACGAAGCCACUGAGGACGUCUAUGUCUCUUCUGACGAGGAAGAGUACGAGGACGCCAAUGACCACUUCGUUACGGACGGCGAUCUCCCGAUCACUCUGAGCUCCGCGUCGGACAGUACCGACGUACCGUCGUGUUCCGCCGGCCUUUGGAUCAGUCUGGACGUCACCGACGUCGAUGACUCACAGUAUUCGUUAGACGAUCAUCGGGGGAGCGACAACGAUGCCUCUGAAGAUGUCACUCCCCUCGGCGUCCAUCAAGAUGCUGUCAGAGACCCACAGAGCAGCGACAAUCCCUCCAUCCUCCCCUCCCUUGUCCGAUCGAGCUGCUUCGAGCCCGGUAGCGGAGAUUCACCAUCCGAAGCACCGGUCACCAGUGAUCUGAGCGAGACGCACCGACCGGAGAUGACAGCGACCCUCGAUUCAUCACUCCCUGCGACUAUUCCAGAGAGCCGACUGCCACUGCUCUCGACUGUAAGGCGGGAGCCGAUCAUUCCAGCGAGCCAUUCCUCCUCUGACGAACCUUUCGAUAUCAGCUACCAUCAAUACUCGACCACUUCGACGCCAAACGCCCAACGCGGUGGCAUGCUCGACACGCACCUAGUAAGCUCCGAUGCCGAGACUUCGCUCAGCGAUGCUCCCCAUAGCACGUUCUCACCCCCUGCUUCUUCCGCCGUCAGCGUAUCUAGUGCAGCGACCUCGCACAGCAAUAGUCACGGGAGCACCCCUUCACCUAUCGCGUCUUCGACCGCCAAUAUCGAAUACCCCACCUACUAUCGCAUCAGUGACCCAGGUGCCGACACUACCGCAAGAAGUUUUCUCAUGUACUCGGCGGACGCGCAACCCGAUCGAUCCUCCGACACCUUCACCGGGUUGGAGACGCAGGAAGGCCAUCAAGCAUGCACGGAAAGUGGAGGUACGAACAGCAAACUACCCGCGCUGCCAUCCUCUUGGUGUCCCUCACUUGACACAUCUACUGGCGCGCCGCCCGGCAGUGCUGUCAUCAAACCGACAUUUACAUACAGGCGCUACGUACUCCCCUCGCAGCACACGUCUGCGAGAUCGUCGGUAGAGUCCAAAGCUUCAUUCUUUGACGCAAAUGACGUCGAACCCUCGUCCGCCCGUUCGAGUUCCGAGCCUGAAGAUUCCGCUCCCAGGACUACAGCUCCCCUUACCGGUACCGAUGUACGUGAUCCGCCCCAUCAUCGCCGCCGGUCGAGGCUUCUCACGGCCAUGAGCAGCUAUAUGAAGGAGCCAUCAGCCUGGUGCAAGUCCGCAUGGUCAGCGAUCUCCAGGCGGCCUACGGCAUCAAGCUACUCGGUCGCGGGGACGUCUGUCUCUGACGCUAGCCUAGACUCAACUGCUUCAUCGAGCGAACAUCAACGUCCACCUCGAAGCGAAUGUCCGACUCGAGGCGCACGGAGCCGUUUUCCCACCUCACUAUGCGGUCGAUACGGGUUGAGAGUCCACACGGCUAUGAAACGAGAAUUAGCGGAAGUAGACAGUCUGAUGUACUCAACGAGUCCUGGUCCGCUUACAUUCUGUAUGAGCAGAGCUACAAUCGCUCGCCAGAGGCAGCGAACAGUGGUCUCCAAUAUUAUGGGCAUGCCCCCGGCUGAUGACUUACCGACCGCCACGUGGGCUCAUGGGCUAGGCGAGUGUGGCACUUUGCCGGUGCAUCGUAACAACGCAAUCCUUUCGCCCCCUGAGAGCCUCUACACCGCCCCGCAGAGCCCACCAGAACGACGACCCGUCCAUCACUUGACUUUCGCCACUCCCCUCCUCUCACCGCCCUCACAAUACAUCCUCCCUCAACACUCCCUUGCACGAGCUACCUGCUAUACCAUGAACCAGAUCAUGAACUAUGGUACAGGAUGGGCACCGGAUACCGCAGCAUUUGGGUAUGGCUACCCUUCGCACCCCGGGUACUCCCAGUACCAGGGUGUAUCCAGCUCCGGAUCGCCUACUUUCUGGGAAAACACAGCGCAAUAUGGCCACUCGCCACCGAGCCACGGAUCUCUUUCGGCCGAAGCUUACCACUACGCACAACAGAGCCAAUUGCAAUAUGAAGACUACGUGGCUGCCCUCACUGCCUCCCAUUAUCAUCCGCUACCGUCCGCUCUUCAUCCAUAUCAAGUCUACCCAACACCCCCCAACAUGCAGCAGGCCAUGCUGCCAAGCAAUUACGGGCCUGUUCCCCCCCCCCAGACCACUGCUGCUACCUUGAAGACCUUCGACCCGACAGCGGCAUCUAUGAGCCAGUCUGCGAGUCAAUCGCCACUCCGACUUGUAGAGGACCAAUCCCUGGCAGUCUCAUCCCCAUCACCGCCCAGCGCCAUCCCAAAUACGUCAGAAGUCGGUGAGGCUACCCCACCCACUCUCAUCAAGCCUCCUCAGAAAGUCCUUGAGACUCCGAUAUCCCAUACAGUCCCACCUACAGCUACAAUAUAUUCCGAUAUAUCAGUGGCCCCUCCUGCUGUCAGCGCGACUGUUCUCAACCCUGAAGCCAGCACAAGCGAUUCUCUCGCGGUAGCCGGCUCAACCCUGGAUCCUGAUGCGGUAAGAAGAGUGAUCGAUGCGUUCACUAUCGCCCAGUCACAGUCCUAUAAUGACACGACGUCCGGAGCGCAUACAGUUCCCGAGGUGCAGGUCCCGCUCACUGCGCUCACAUCGAGCGCCGAUCAUGUGGCUGAGUCACAUGAGGCACCCUCCAAUUACUCCCAUUCGGCGAUGACGGUCUACGAACCACAGCCCAGCGGACCAGCCAUGCUGAGUCGCACUCAUCCUGAAAUCAAGAAACGACGUCAUCGUGGCCACAUGCAGCCCAGCUUCCAGGCGCCUGGUCACGAGGCGGAUUCUACAUACUCAGACACUUCUCCUGGGAUCGCCGAGAUGGCUGCAGAGCUUGCAGCUAGGGGCACUCUGACCGCCCUGAGAUCCGCAUGGUGGGGGACGAGUAGUGUGGCAAAGUCCCUCAUGAGCGCUGCGAGCACCUUCUCAUCGACAAUCCUCUCUGCUGCCACAACUACCACAGGCACAUCAAGGCCAAGACCCCCUCCACACCACGUAUUGCAAGCCUCGCCAUUCCCUCUUCACUCAUUCCGCGGCCACGGCCGCCGCGACUCCCAUCAUCGGUCUGGUGUAUAUCACUCCCAUUCAAAACGGCAAAGGAGGCAAUACAGGAGGUCAUACGCUGAUUACAGUCCUCUUCAGAGCCAGAGGAGCAUGAGUGAGGCAGCCACCAUGAGAUCGGCAAAGCCACGAAAGAGGGGGGAUAAGACGUCGAAGAAGAAGAAGAAGGGGAAGGGGAAGAGACUGGCUCAGUUGUUCGGUCGCUACAUCGUCAACCUGACUCCCACUUCCUACAUUUCACAACGUCGAAGAACUGUCAACACCCCCGUCUGCACCCACGCCGAGCAUACCAUGACUACCGCCGAUUCACACAACGCUGCUCCAUUCGAGAGUACACUCCCAGACUCCGCUAUUGCCCCCCUUGACCCUAAGGGCCAGUUGACGGUGGCGAUCUCGGACACCAAGUCUGAGGAUGGCCUCGGCUCUCAAGAAAUGAGAGGAAUGGAGCCCACCUCAUUGUUUCCUGACGAGCGUUCCGCCACCUCACAGGAGACAGUGCCAGAUACCGCCAUUAUCGAUGCAAGACCUGAGGAGCCAGUGCAGCCCACAGAGAGCCCCUCGGAGGAAUUGGAACCACCUUUUCGAGCCACGGGCAAGACUGCUACUGAAGACCAUGAAGUACAGACCACCCGUCGACUCAGGUCCCGACAACAUUCUCCCGCCCGACGCGCCCGCGCCCGCCAUCGAGGGAGACAUCUACGGACUUCUCGACCGGCUCGACCAGCCGUCCCGCUUGUCGAGCUUCUGUAG